ACAGAGAGGCGUCGCAACCGGAGUCAGUACGAGUCUCCGGGACUUUGUAACCGGAUCUACUUGAGGGAAAAGUGUAUGCUUUCUUAAAGAUAUCUUGCGUAGAUUGUCUGUGCUGUUCAUGUGGGAAUGGUACAUUCAGAUUAACUUUUUGAACACGCCCGGGUGCGGUACAAACGUCACACUGUUAAUUUCACACGCCUGUUUACUUUUUUUUUGUGAGGCUUUGCUGCGGCAUAGCAGAAUCGGAGAGACUGUCUCCACUUUGCUUCUAGUUGUUCAAACGUUCCCGGGCGUCCUGUAACCUCGAGCUGUGUGUCAAAACUGCAAAGUCAAGGCCUGUGGACACAAGAAGCCUGGGAUGGAAGCCAAUUCGGUGGAGGGUUGCUGCAGAGGCCGACUGCACUGGUUGGUAGCUGGAACCCAGAUCCUUGGGCUGGCUUCAGUGAUCAUGACUGGUGUGUGGCUAGGUCACUAUCAAGGAGGCUUUGCAUGGGAUGGAACUGCUAACCAGUUCAAUGUCCACCCUCUGUGCAUGGUGAUUGGAAUGGUCUUCCUCUAUGGAGAUGCAAUCCUGGUGUACAGAACACUCAGAAACGAGGGUAAAACCACACUGAAGGUGAUUCAUGCAUUCAUCCAUCUGAUUGCACUGGUGGCCGUCAUUGUGGGUGUAGUGGCUGUGUUUGAUUUCCAUGCAGCGAACAAUAUCCCCGACCUGUACAGCCUUCACAGCUGGUGUGGCCUCUCCAUCAUCAUUCUCUUCUGCUUACAGUGGGUUAUGGGACUGGCCUUCUUCCUGUUUCCUGGAGUGACCUACUCACUGCGAGCUAUCUACUACCCCUUCCACGUGUACUUUGGACUGGCACUUUUUAUUCUGUCCAUUGGCACUUGCCUGAUCGGGAUCACAGAGAAGCUGUUCUUUUCUGUCAGAGACACAUACUCCAAGUUUGACCCCCAAGGAAUCCUGGCAAACACCCUGGGACUGGUGCUGGUUUGCUUCGGGUUACUGGUCACUUACAUACUGACCCGCAACGAGUGGAAGCGUUCAGCAAGCCCCGAGGAGGAGGCCCUGUCCCUGCACUUCAAAACCCUGACUGAGGAGGGAAGUCCCGGCCCAGUGCCGAGCCAGUGAAGGUCAAUGAUCAAAUCGAGAGCGUGAAGUUAAAAAGUCAUAUCAAUGUGGUGUAGCUGUGUGAAUGAGUGUGUGCAUGUGUAUGGAAGCAACGGAAAAUGUAGCAAGUCCGUUAACCUCUAUGUUAUUUGUUGGUUCAUGAUGUCCACACUGACUUUUUUCCUAAAUGUCAAGUUGUCCAUUUCUCCUGCCAGGUUGCAGUUUGGGUUGCUGAAUGGGGCAGUGAUCCUCUGCACCUCCUUUCUGACCACGUCCACAACUCCCUGCUUGAGUCAUUUGUCCACCCUGCUGCCAGUCUUCGUUUAGCUCUCUCUGGGCACGUGUUGUGUCACCUUCAGUGCCAUCUUCAAUACCACCGAGUUGGAAGUGGCGGGCAGGCCUGGGUUGCAGCAACACUGGCACACCAUUGCAGUAAGGGAGGGGCUGCAGGAUGUGACCUUGAUUUCAGGCCUGUGGAACGGUGUUAAGCUGAAAUGAAGGAGCUCUGAUAUCCUAGCACUGGCCACAGCGACAUAUUCACCCUGGUGCCCAAGGAGAUGGUUGACUUCGACUGUGGUUCCAAAGAAACUAUCCAGUAUUCUGUUUGGGGUCUCCUGAGGUGGUGAAGGUCACCACAUUGAUUUAAGACUGCUGUAAGUGACUCACUUGUUGAGAGGCAUUAUCACUGGUCAAAUUUUUUUCUGCACAGUUUGCUAAGCGAUUGGUAAGGAAUCAUGCUCUGUUCCUGGGCAGCCCCUGACUUGCAGCCCAAUGAAAUGCACACAGCCUGACAUAUAAAGAUAGACCUCAUUGAUCCCAGGAGACUCUCCCUCCAAUGUAUCCUAGAUCAUUAACUUAGAAAAUGAUAUGGGACCAGUUCUCAUGCAGAUGAUGCCAACCUCAAGCCAGUUCUGUAAUAACUCCUCCUCUCUACACUCCUCUCCUUUCUCUUCCCCCUCCAUUUUUUCUUGCACCCCUUCUGCCUCAUCCCCACCUCUUUUCCCCUACCUCUCUUUUUACUGCUUCAUCUAUUUUUUUUCUCUUCCUCAACCCCUCCGUCUGUCAUCUCCUCCACCUCCUUCCCAGACUACCAGGGCCUGCCCUCUGCUGCCCUGCAAGAUGGAGGCCAGUCACAUUGUUCAGUGAGCCAGCCCUGAGGCGUGCGGGCUGACUGAGGAUGGACCACUCCAAGAGGGAGAGUUAAAUGACACUGGAUGCAGGAAGAUCUGUUUGUAUCUUCUCUCCCGUGGACUCCACUUUAUUCAGUUGUGAAAUUCAAAGAAAAUUAGCACAAAGACAAAUAAUAUAGAGCAGUACAUAAUGUGUGCUUAGAAUAUGUGUACCAAAUCAAUGGCUCAAUUUAAUGUCAGAAAAUGUAUAUAGUGUACAACCUGGAAUCCUUGCUUUUCGCAGACAUCCAUGAAACAGAGAGACAAAUAAACGAUAAGAAUAAAUGAGAAAAACGUUAGAACCUCAAAGCCCCCUCCCCCACAAGCAGCAGCAAAAGCAUUAAUUCUCCUCCCAUUUGCUCCAGCAAAAGCAUCAACCCUCACAAACCCACCAAACAAUAGCAAAGUCCCCCCAGUGACCAUGAAUCCAUCAAAAGCCUCUGUCCAUCCCAACACUUCGAUGUCUCAACUGGCCCUCUCCCUCACGAGAGUGGGAGAGAGAGGUAUCACUCCUGCAGUAGACAAGAGGGAAGACUAACAGCUUGCUGUUUCCAUGUUACAAUCUGCAAUUUGAAUGUUACAAUCUAAUUUAUUUUGAUUUCCAUGUUAGUUGGUACACAUAAUAUGUGUUGCUUUAUAUCAUUUUUGUUGGUGCUAAAUUUCUUUAGAGGGCCAAAUUUGCCCAACUCUGUGCCUCUGUAAAUGGGAAUCCACAUUCUAGCUGCCCCUUUGCUAUCGCAACAUCUGAGUAAAGUGGUGUGAAUCUGGUUGUGAUCCCACAUCUAUGUACAUCCAUGAAUUUUGGAUCCUUUGGGCUUGUGUAGGAGAUAUUAUUAAACAGCUUCUUUUGCUGGUCUUUGAAAAUACUGAAGACAUUCUAGAUCCUGAUCUAGUGUUACAUAUUCCUAGUGAUUAUUUUUUACAAAGGUUCCUGCCAUUGAGUAUCCCAUUUGCACCACUGGUCAUCAGAUAAAUCCAUUCCAUCUCAGUUUUACCAAGUUAAAUGACUUGAAAUGAAUAGUGGUGAGGUUAUACAGCUCAGAAACAGGCUCGAUAUCCAUGCUGACCAAGGUGUCUGUCUGAGCUGUUGGAUAGUGCAAAACUGCCCAGAGUUCUCCAGCCCCAAUGGUGUUUUUAAAUUUUUAAAUGCCCUGUUAUUUUUCUCCUGGGAAAUUUAAGGACUUCAGGCAAUGCUGGAGAAGUGAAGGCCUAGGUCACGGAAUUGAGGAAACCAUCCACUUGGAAAACGGGAAUUAUUUUCAGUAUUUUGUUUUGCUCCCUUUUGCACAUCUCCAAAGAUGGGGCAAGUGGUUCAAAAGUGAAAGCAGGGAUCAUGGAAGUGCUCAUCAGGGCAGGCACCGACUGUGGAGAGAGGAGCGGUUUUGGGCUGGAGCCUGCUCUCUCCACAGGGAGACGAAAGAUCCGUAAAUCCCAUCCACUGGGAGUAUGGAAGACUGUCCUCAGAGCACCCUAACCGCACCUCGCCAAUGAGCCGAUGCAAAUCUUGUUCCAAAAAGAGCAGGUCCCUGCAGCGAUGCCAGUAACCCACCUGUCCCGUCUUGAAACACGAACCAAGGAGUCUAUAACACAUGCGCAAGUCAAGGGGUGUGAUGAAACCCCAAGGCGCAAUGAAGGUGAAGUGUGACUCCAACGCUGUACAGCACUGUCUUUAUCAUCCCAACAAAAUUGCAUCCGCUGCUCCGCAAUUAUCCCCACAUCUCCAUGUUAAUUUAAAAUGGGAUUAUUUUAAUUUAAUAGGAUUUAAUUUAGCUAAUUUAAUUUAAAGGGAUUUGGUGGGCAGGUUUACACUGCUGCUGGUCUUAUGGGCAUGGUUAAUGUGUUGAUAUUUAACCCAACCUGGAUUAACUCCACACACAAAAUGCUGGAGGAAGUCAGUGCCAUGUAGCAUCUAUGGACUUCAGACUCCUAAUGAGGAGCCAUGGCCCAAAACGUCACCUGUUUAUCCCCCUCCAUAGAUGCUGCCUGGCCUGCUGAGUUUCUCCAGCAUUUUGCAUGUGCUCCUCAAAGUUUCCAGCAUUUGCUGAAUCUCUUGUGUGUCUGAAUUUGCUCCUGCAGCAUUUGCAGGUACUGCACGAAGGGAGAUUUACUGUGCAGCAACUGUGGAGAAAACAGGCCAUUUCAAGCAUAGAUCCACUAAAAAAUGGGCCUAGGCCAAAUCCCUCACCAUCUUCAUAGACAUUUCUUUACCAGCUGACUACUGUAUUUUCUAGGCUAUGUUUACAUGCCAUUUCUGACUGUCCUGUUCAUGCAGUUUUAAAAAUGUGUUGAUACUUUUGUGAGGUUCCAGGUUUUAGAAGCAGAGAAUACACAUCAACAACGAGAGGGUUUGAACAGUUUGCCUGUAAUUCAUAGAACUCGUUCACUGGGUUCAGCUCUGGUAAUAUAGCCUAGUGAUUUCGCAGGCAGUAUGUCCACUUUUGUCUUAAAUGUCUAAUACCAGGAAGGAGCAGUGCAGGUUUCAGCAGGCUGCAAAGAAAUUGGACUUAUUAUUUGUUUAUCUUUCCAUGAACAGUUUCAGCGACUGAUUUAUGUCUAUUGGUUUAGAACUUGUGUACUUUGUUCCAUGUAAUAUUAUUAUCGUCUUAAGUAAAUGUUGCAACACA